UCUGUCAAAAGUAUACGUCAAUGACGCUAUGGUGUUUUGAUAUAUUUUUUUGUAUAUUUGAAGAAACAAAACGAGUGGUAUGUGCAUUCGAAAAGUGAAACCAGGAGGCGUUUUUUGCUCGUUAUUCUUUCCUUUCGAUUCCUUUCCCAAUUAAAUUACGAAACUGCUUUUAUUUCCCAUUAAAAUCCGGGAAGAAGCGUCACUUCAUUCGCCGAAUCUUGAGAAUAUCGUUACCUAAGCAUCAGUCUCAUGCAAAAAAUAAUGGAUAACUAUCAGGACGAAACAACUUUCGAAGUGACGGUCGCUGGUGAUGUUGUGUCAACAAGUGGAAUAUCCAGUCCUCAAAUUGUACUCGACACAAAUAACACCAAUACCCUCUCCUGGGGCAUCAACGAGUGCAGUUCGUCAUUUCAGUCGGUUUCAAGUUGCGAGACGCUAGAAAGCUAUGAACCCCUAAGCACGGAAUCACCGAAAGUAAUUGUCGUUCCGUUUCUAGCUGAUAAUCAGGUUACUGGAACAAUGAUAGCCAACAAUGGUGUGCAUAUUCCAUUGAUUAAGGAGUGCAGCAUUCGGAUCGAUCCACUAAAAAUGACGUCCACACAUCCUGACGAAUGUAAUGUCGAAAAGAUUAUCGAACUACCGUUCAGUACGGAUACCACAAGUGAAAUCAGCACGAAAUCUCCAUUAUCCUUGGUAAGCGACGAUGAUGAUGAUAAUGGUGGUGAUGAUGAUUCAUCCCCAUUUUUGGGGUUUGAAGUGGAAAGUACAAACGGAUCGCUCUGCGAACUGUACAAGAAAGCCGUACAUUUGAUAAAAGAGAAUGCUGCACGUGCCGAAAUGGAGCGGAGUGGAUAUUCGAGUGAACCGAUUUUAAUUGACCGGGAUUCGAGUGAAUCGAUUUUAACCGAGCGUAUUCUAACUGAACGCCACUUUAUGGAUCGUCAGCCACCGGAGCGCAACGUCAAACCUCAGACAGCGAAACGUCCCCGACAAAUUCAAAGAAAAAUCGUAAAGCAAAGGCUUUCUGAUGACCAGUUUGCACCCCAAAACCGAAGUCGAACAGAAGCUACGGUGAAUGCGGAAGUGAGCCUGUCGUCAAGCCCACGCAAAGAAAAUAACAUAAUGAAACCAGUCGUGCCAACACCAGAGAGAGUUUCUUUUUUACCUGCACAAAAUGCAGAUGAAAAGAACAAUAAGGCGAGAAGUUUGACAGAUUCGUCAGGAAGCGAUAGCGACGUAAUUGCAACUCCAGUCACUCCAACCGUUUCGGCAGACAAUUCUGCUACGAAGAAAAAACUGGAACGUAGCGCAGGCAUCAAAAAUAAUAAUAAAGAAAAAGAGCUAAAAAGAUUGGAGAAAAUGAGACGAAAAAAGGAACUCAACUGGAUUGCGGAAAAAAUUCAGGACCAUUGGAGGGAGAGAUUCGCUGCCAUUAGAAGAAAAAUGCGCAAAAAAGAGGCGAGAAAACGGAGAUUAGAAAACAGCAGAUCCCACUCCACGAAAUAUGUAAACAAUCACCGGAAAGGAAAAAGAGUUGAGUAUUCGUCAGACACCGACUCAACGGACUCGUCAUCGUCAUCGAGAACGUCAUGUUCAUCCAGUUCGUCGGAUUCGGAUUCCAAUGAUUCGGAACCGGAUACUUACACGUCUGACACGUCCUAUACAUCACAAACAUCACAAACAUCACAUACAAGAACAAGUGACUCGAGCGACAGUGAUUCGUCGGAUUAUAAAUACAGACGUCGGCAUCGCCUCAACAAACACAGAAGACCACCGUCGGAUACAUCUGAUACAUCGGAAACAUCAUCUUCGGAUGAUGAUGAUGAUGAUGACGAUGAUAAUGAGCCAGGCAAAUACGUGAAGCGAAGGAAAUUUCAAUCAACGGAAAGAGCACACAGCAGGCCAUCAACAUCGAAUGAAAACUGUGUGAGCUCACGGAAACGGAAAUCAUCGGAAUCGCAUCGAUCCGAGGAUUUGUCUCAUCAGCAGCAACGAAAAAUGAGGAAAAGUUUGGAUGUGGAAGAGGACGAGCCGAGGCAAAUGAAUAGUCGAACGUACAACAAACAAAGGCAACACAGAUUGAAUGUUCCUUCCACAUCGUCGGCGGCAAAGGUGAAAAAAUGUCGGAACUCGGUUUAUCGUUCAGCUGUUGAGUCCACUUCGGCUGGAGAUUUUAUCAUCAAGUAAUGUUGGGUGAAACUGAACUUUUUUUAAAGUAAACUCUUCGAAUCGAUACGAAACGCAACAAGGGAACACACAUUUCAACGCUGGAAUUUGCACACAUCCACCGUUGAAAUGUGGAUUCUAUAUUGCGAUGCAAUUAUUCGAAUUCGAAGGUUAUUAGCAGGAAAUGAAAUUUGUUGAUGAGUAGAAAACUUCCUCCUUUUAUCUGUAAAUACGAUUUUUUUUAUCACAGGGAACAAAGUUGAUCCCGAAAUUGAUCUCUCGGGACGGUAGCCAAUUUAUAAUCCAAAAAAUGCUACUCUGCGUAGCAAUUAAAUGAACCUUUGAUUCCAUUAAACCUUUUUUUUAUAAUUUUGUAUUCGUCGGUUAUUAUAUCCUUCGAUACUCAAAGCUUCUUCGUUACAAUUCACUUGAUUAUAUUGCCAAAAAAAAGGAGAGGAACUCCUUGGCCGACUGUUGUGUAAUGUGUAGUCGAUCAUUUAAACUUCAAAGUUUUAGAUUUUAGUUUUUAAUCAAUUGAACAUCAUCUCACCAAAAAAUUUCACGUUCAACUCUUUGAUCGGAUGUUUGGUACUGUGUCAAGGCAAACAAAGUAAAAUGUGCGUGUAAGUGUCGUGAAUCGCUUAUCGAUGAAAUGAUCCAUGUAUUUGAGUAAGUACAACAUGGUCUGUAAAAGAAUCAGUAGUUCGUUCGGUCAAGAAGUGUGUGAGAAACGGUUUAAUUGUUGAUUAUGGUAAAAUGGCAAGUUGUUUUGAGUGUUUCAAACUUUGACCACCAAUUUAUUCGUCGACGUCAACUCAGCACUCAUCGUAGCACUUUACCAUAAUCAGCAAGACAGUCGAUUUUACAUACGCAGAUCGGACGACGUCUGUAAAUA